AUUCUCUACCCAUAAUGUUUUCACACUGUAAUAACUCCCUCAUUCAUGGAGUCUCCCCUUUUCAAAUUCAAAUCCCCAUUUCCCUCUCCUAAUUCAACUCUCCCGUCUGUGUAUCUCUCUGUUUCUUUUUGCAGACAAACGGGAUAAACAUGUCUACGCUUUGGACAUUGACUAAGUUAGUUAGGUGGCGUGUAAGAGAUUGGGCUUCAUGUUUUCUUCCAUUAGAUGAUGAACAGGAUGUGUAUCGACCACAGCUGCCGAUCAGAAACAUGGUUUUUGAAAUGAAAGAAGAUGGCAGGGGCAACAGGAAUGGCAAGAAACUGUUCCGGCGGCGACACAGAAGGAAGGAAGACAGGGUGGACAGACGGUUAAACCUUAGUCCUCGGAGGUCCAGGAAUGCUGUUUCUGCCGAAAAUGGGGUUGAUGGCUCGAGCUGGCCUGGUUUUGCAGAUGAAGAGUAUAUUGUUUUCUGCUUCAGAGAAGAUGGGGCUUUUGAUGUUGUGAGAGAUGGAAGAUCAGAGGAAUAUUCCAGUCCUAAUACAAGUUCAGAAACUGUUAACAGAAAGGUUGAUUAUGUUGGGGGUGAAAAAAGAGUAAAAGAGAGCAGCAGUCAUGAGGGAAGGCCAGAAGAUGAUCAGAAUGGUAACUUUUCAAGAAAAGAAGCAGAGAUCAUCCCUGUUAAAAUGGGUGAGGAGGGAGGAAGCAAGGGCUUGGAUUCAGAGUUGGAUUCAGGUGGCAAGUUAAGGAGAAGAUAUCAUCAGGUGGAGGAGACACGACAUAAAGAGAUGGUAUCCGCGGGGUCUAGUGACUCUAACCAUUCUGAUGGCAGCACAGGCUCCUUUGCCUUUCCUGUGUUAGGAUGGGAGUGGAUGGGGAGUCCAGUACAGAUGCCAAGAACAGAGGAGAUGAACUCAAGGAACAACAAGCCUCGCUCUCUGCGUUUUCAAUGUUGUAGAUUCUAAAACCUCUCCUUCUCACUGUUAAUUGUGGGCGAAAGUUCAGAUGAAGAUAGUGUUUAGGGUCCAUGUUCAUCAUUCUUUCAUUUAUAAUAACAGUACCCUUCUCAU